AUGCGCCUAUAUAUGGGUGUAGGUCCAAUAACUUAUCCAACGACUACACAAAGACACAUUAAUCACAUAUAUGUAGGCUCUAAUGACAUUAUUCAAUAUGAUCAGCAUGGAUUUUGCAGCGAUGCAUUUUGCGGCAUAUGUGAAAAGAUGGUCGGCGACUAUCUCCAUUCUGCCAAACUUCAGGGCAAGUUGAAAGAAUUCCUAACAAACUUUUGCAGAAAGGAACCCAAACUUCUGUGCAAAGCGUCUCCGAAGGAUAUGUGCAAACUAUUUGAUUUAUGUUCAAAAAGUCUAACGGAAAAUGAGUUGAAAAAUCGAUUAGCUCCUAGUAUCAUCAAGCAUGCACUUAGUGGUCAUGACAAGAUUCGAGAUAACAUAGCUCCUGUUAAGGCCAAAGACUUAGAAUUUAAGAAUAGAAUUAAUAAUAUUUUGUCUCCAGGCGCGACUUCUUUAAGAUGUGUAGUUUGUUCUUUUAUUGCUGGCACAAUCGAUUCUGUGCUGGGAAAUAAAGACAUAGAGUACAGCGUUAUGCAUGAAAUCGAUCACUUUUGCACCUAUAUGCCUUUCGAUAUGAGUAAAGAGUGCUACAGCCUUGUCAACAAAUUUGAACCUCCAAUUUUGCAAGCAUUAUUACAGUAUUUAUCAGCUAAGGAUGUUUGUUCUUAUUACGUUCAUGCUUGUUCCCAAUCCAAGCUCGAUCGUGAUACCACCGGAAUGCGAAUUAUCGCUCCAACUCAGCUUGCAUCUGGCUAUUGCGUGUUCUGUGAAAUAGCUGUUCGAAUUAUAGAAAAACUUCUUACAAUAAAUAAAAGUGAGAGGUAUAUUAUCGGAUUUUGGAAUAAAAUGUGCUAUAUAGUAGUUCCUACUGGAAUUUUACGAUAUGAAUGCCAGUCACUUCUAGGAAAACUUGAGAUGAUUAUUCACCAACUUAACAAUAAUAUUGCUCCAUCUAAAGUCUGCCAGUUAAUGCGUGCAUGUGAAAAGUCUGCAAUGGCUCCAAAGAAGUUGGAUUUAUGUCGUUUUGGGCCUAAGUUUUGGUGCAGCAGCGAUGUAACAGCUUCCAUGUGCAAGAAUAAUCAAAAUUUUAACCUACUCGUCAACUGA